CGAGCCGGUGGCACCUCAGGGCCCACCCCCGCCUCAGGCCUCAUCGGCCGUGGGAGGCCGCAGGGCCGCGCCCCCGCCGCGCUGAGGGCUCAGCGGCCUCUCGGCUUUGUCGCCCCCGCAGGGUCGCCAGCGCAGCUGCGGUCCAGGUGUGCAGUGCUUGAGGGGGAGGCAGCCUCCACAGAGAACGCUGCAGUCAGAAAUAUUUACCAGUGUCCGCUAAUGCCUGGUGGCAUUCUGGUCCCCAGUCCCCUAUGAAUUCAUCACUGCCGCGUUCUGCUUCCCCCCAGAAACUUAGCCCAAGCCUUGAGAACAGCAGCAUUCAGAAACAGAGGGAAGAACUCCAGCUUUUAAUUGCAAAAAUGAAAGAUCGUGAUAAGGAACUCGAUGACAUGGUUGCAGUGUAUCAGAGACGGCUUCUUGCCUGGGAAGAUGAUCAGCAAAAAAUACUGACUUUAGUAGAACAAUGCAACUUAUUAAACAAUGAGCUGAACAAGAUAAAUGAAAUUAUAAAAUCACUGAACAAAAGGUUAAAGUUCUUAGAAUCUCAGCAGAAUGACAGUAAGACAACGCUUGAAAAUACACCACAGAAGUUUAAGGAGCUGUCUCAAAAAGUGACAGAUGGAACUGUUCACUGUCGGGCUCUGAAGGAGAAAGAUCAAAGUCUCCACUGCUUAGUUUUGGAACUGUCUGCUAAAACUGGCCAGCUGCAGGCGAGGGAACAGGAACUUCUUACUAUGCUUAAGCUGAAGGACGAGGUUAUACUUGAAACAACUGAUCACAUUACGGAGUUUACGUCUAAAUUUAAAAAGCUGGAAAGUGCAUUGCAUGCAUCAAAGACAGAGGAAUUCAGUCUCAACAAAGAAAAUCAAGACCUCAAACUGAGACUGAAAGAACUAAUACUUGAAACAAAUAAGUUGAAAGAUGACCUCUGUGAAAAAAUGAGAGAAAAUAAUAAGCAGCAGGAAGAAAUUAUUUACCUGAAACAAGAAAACGUUUGCCUGAGGAAUGAGCUUGCGCUUACUGUUGAGAAAGCAAAGCGAAAGGAUCAACUUCUUCAGUUUGCCAAGUCUAAACAAGCGCAGACUGACAUAGAACUAUCAAGUUUGCGACAGAUCUAUAUAAGACAGCAGCAUGACUUGCAAUUUCUUCAUGUCAAUUUGGAGAGCUCUCAGGAAUCAAGGCAAAAGCAUGAAAAGGUGGCACAUGAAAGCAUAGGUAUGGCAUUCUCUGCCCCUGAAAGUAACAUCAAGACAGACACGGUUAGGACUGAGAGAACCCACGAGAUAUGCGAGGAGUGUGGAGCUGCACAAGUUCCAAAAAGUAGGGUAAAAACCACCACUGAGAUGUGUGAAGUAGAUAAUAGACUGUUACCGAAUGCAUCAGACUUGGUGGAAGCUACCUCAGCAUACUUAAACCAAUGUCAAAAAGUUGUGAAAGUCUCGGCUCUCCUUAAGGAAGAAGAAGAAAAGCAGGAUGUUGCAUCAAGCUCUGAUGAGCUAGGCAGGAAAGUAUUUUGUGAGGCAAACAACAUAAGGCCAUUGAGAAACAGGGAAAUUUCUGAGAAUGGAGUGGGAAGCAGAGACCGGCAAACCUUUGAGUCAUCUUUACCUGAAUAUGAGUGUUGGCUUAACGUCAGUUCUUGUGUAGAUUUGCAAAAUACUGUGAUCCAGAGCACCGUCACAUCUGACAAAACUGAUAAUGGAAAUAAAAGCUGGGAAGAGAGAACUGGAGUUCUCUUUGGCCAAAGAAGCAGAGAGACUCCCGCUGCAAUUCACGACUCUGAAUCUGAUUCCUGUAGCGAUAACGUCAGUGUAAAAAAAGAUGCACGGUGGAAGCCAAUAUCAGAUCUGGAAUGGUUGAAUAUUUUCAAACCCAUAAAAGGAGAUGGAAGUAUAUGGCAUGGAAAAGAUUGCAGCUAUCUCAAGACUGCACAAGAUAUGAAAUGUGCCAGCUCGAAAAGUGAAGAAAAUGUGGAUCUGAAGUCUUUUCACUUGGAUUCUCCCUGUUUGACAUCCACGCAGAAGGGAGACAGGCCUCAAAGAUGUGACAAAUUCUCUGAUGAAGACUCCCCUCUGGAGAUCGGUAACCUUUCAGUGACUAAGCCAACUAACAGAUGCUGCAGUGCAACCAAGGACCAAGUCAGUAUUGUAUUGCAGAAGGAUGCUGGUUCCCCCAUAAGUAAGCUGCAGCGUGCGUUGGCUGAGUCCCGACAGAUGGUUGCUGAUCUGGAGCUUAGCACUCUGCUCCAUGCGAGCCCUCGCUGCAGUCCAAACAGCAGCAACGUUAAUACGACAGCAGAACUUGCAGAAGCUCUUCACAGAACCCAGUUACCUGCUGCAAAAGAAAGAGAUGCUAAGCUUCCAUUCUUUUCUCUAUGAUGUUCCGUAAGUAUGAGUUCCGUGUUUUCAACUUGAUUUUUUUGUUGGUUUUUUUUUUGUUUCUCUCUUUAUAAGUGCAUCUGCAAUAUUAAUACAAGUUAUGGACUUCUGGGAUGAGCCUGACACAAGAUUCUAAGUGCACUGCUCUGAAUGCAUUUCCAAUAAAACUGUUGCGAGUACUGUAACAGUAAACAUAUUAAGGCAGCAAGUAAUUCCUUUAGUCAAGUAAUUAAGCUUUUCUCAGGCAUGUUCCUCAUCCUCUGGGCAGUCAGAUCUCGAAGCUCCAUCCUCAAGUACCUGCACUCCGCUUAUUGUGGUUAAAAUCCUUCUGUGUGUUACAGAUAACAGGAUCAAGGAUAUGAACAUUGUUGAAUAAGAGGUUGGGAAGUGUUUUUCAGUGCCAUGGCCAAGGGCCAUUUUAGGAUAUUGUUCCUGGGCUCAAAGCUCCAAAAGUAGAAUGUAUUGAAUAGAUCUGUUUCAGAAUAUAAAAAGCAGCCUUGCCCAUAGCAGAUUGUAUUUUUCUUUUUGAAUCAGGAAAUUUCUCACUCUCUGAUUAUUUGUUCUGCUAAUGUAAAUUGGAUGCUUGUAGUAGGCACCAUGUUGUCUGGUUCUGAGGACAAAAGAGUAACCAGAGAUGGUUAAAAUACCAAACACCAUGUGAAACUGAGUAAGAAUUAGCAACAAUGCGGGGGAAAAUAGACAAAAAAAGAAAUCUUCAAGUGCUGAUACAACACAAGCACAUGUCUGCAGUGGGAAGUUACCACACAGCGAGCUGAGUGUGAAGCUGUGUGGCACUGGAUUUCUCAUACUGACCAACUUCGAUCCCCAGGGAGCUGGCGCUCAGUUCUUCUCUCUCAGUAUAUUCAAACUGCAGCCUCUGAACUGUUUCUCCUGUGCAGAGCCAAAGCCUCCAUGCCCCUGGGGAGUGGUGUUGGUUUGUAGCACCCUCAUGUUCUGCUGUUUCUGCAUUAAGUCUGGAGACAUUAAGUUGUCUUUCAAAAUAAGUUGGGUCUGCUUAGUGCACGCUAAUGAAGCUCUCGGAGGAAAUGAAUGCUGAGUAGCUGGAAUGCCGUACCUCACUCUGCUGUAAUGUUCCUGUGUAGAGAGCUCUUCUUUUCCUAAAAAAGAGCUCUAAGGGAAAAAGAAGCUGGAGGUUUUAUAGAUUGAAGCCAGCACUGUGACUUGCGUCCUGAAACUACUGAUGUUAAAAAGUUUCAGGAGCAAAUCCCCAAAAUUGCUGAGCACCAUGCUGAUAAUACAGCAAAGCAGUAAGCGUACGCUUAGCCUACAGAAAUAAUCUCAUUUGCUUCAAGUGAGAAAGAACUGGUGGAACAAACGUGCCCACAAUUCACUGUCGAUCCAUGACAAGAAUUAGUGACUGUGCAAGUCACUGGCUGCUGCAUAAUGCUUAUUUUCUUUGUUCAUUAAAAGGCACUGAAACACUGUGAUCAGUUAAAUCCAAAGCAGCAUUUGCAGAGUUGAUAGCAGGUCCAGAAAUAACAAAUGUUUGUGCAAUUUUGUAUAGAAAAGUGAUUGAAUUCAUUUUGAUUGAAUGUUGUUUUUUUUUAAUUGCUUUGAAAUCAUUAAAGGGCAGGUGCACUGAUAAACAUUACGUUAAUUUCCUAACUAACUGCCAGGGAUUUAGCCAUUUUCUUCAGUUGCUUUUCCUUUAGAGAGAAAUUGGGUGGGGGAGAGUUGAAGCACAGAGGAGGAAAGCAAUGAGUAAAAGGAUAUAUUCAGUUUUGGACACCAUAGCAUGUGCCACUGCUCAUAAACUGUGACUCAGUGGCUGGGCGAGGGCACAAAGAUCACUUCUUUUUGCAAAACAAACUGGAAAGAUUUUAUUUCAUAACACUCCAGUGGUGUCCCUGAGACUGUUGUCUUUCUGUGAAGUCCUUUGCUUACCUUUCUCCUCUUUAUAUUUUUCUUCUAUGUUUUUAUCCUGUUUGAAGUGCGAAAAUUUAGAUAGUAAAUCAACACAUACGUGAUUGCUUAAAAUAUUUUGGAGGAAAUUUUCCUGUCUUUUAAUACAAAUGUUUAAUUUUCUGCAGUGAAUGAAGAAGUUUCUGAUAUAGAAUUAAUUCUGAGAACUGAAAAUCAUCCACCUGUCAGCUACAGUGGAAAGUUACCCUGUUUUUUCUAUGGUUCUUUGAGUGUUUGAAAGACUCACAAGUGGCAAAAAGAUAUGGCUAUGCAGGCAUAUUUUAUCUUGAAAUAAAACAUAGAAUUAUGCCAAGAUUAACAAAACUAUUUUUAUAACCGAGAGCUCAGGUUAAAUAGUAGCUUGUUUUUUAAGAAUUUUGUGUGUAAUUGUUAUGACAUAGGACCUAUUUUUCUUACUUUUUUUUUUUUCUUUUUUUAUGGUAACUCAGAAAUAUUUAUAGAGUAUGACACAGCCAAGCAUUCAAUUUUUUUUUUGUUAGGUUAUUGUUUUUGUUCUGGACUUCUUGCCCUGUAGAGAUGAAUAAUGUUUAUAGGAAGUUCCCAAUUAGUGUUGCAGCCAGGAACUGCCUCCUACAUGGUCAAAAUGGAAGAGCUCUCACCCAAAGAUGGGCAAAACUUCCACGGGCAGGAGCCCUUUAUCCUCACAAAAGCCUGUAACCAGAUCAGGUGUGUGUAUGGGCUCCGUUAGCUCUGUACAGCAGCCAGGCAUAAUGGCACUGGCUUUUUUAGCAUUUCAACUGGUUUUACUUUUGACUAUUGGGGAAGGCAUGUUCCAUUAUCACAGUUUAAACUUACUUUUUAACUAAAAGAUUAAAUAAGCUAAUAAAGGUGCUACCUCUCCUGUA